AUGGCGAUGAUGAUGACUGGCCGUGUGCUGCUGGUGUGUGCCCUCUGCGUGCUGUGGUGCGGUGCCGGCGGUAGGUGUGACGGGGAUGCUGAUUUUGCUGAAAUAAAAGAUGAACCAUCGAAGGCUUCACAAUCUUCAUCUCAAGGUGGUCAUGCAGGAGAAAAGCAUAUGCCAAACCCAAUCGUUGGAGUGGUGAACACCUCAAAUGAACUGUUAAAUGAGCAGGACGGUAAGAAUGGCAGCCCUCAAACAGGUUCUGUCGAACAGCCGUCAACAGAUAAUGACGGGAUGGAAGCAGAGGGAGAAAAAGCAAAAGGAAAAAAAGUUGAAGAUGCAGAACCAAGAAGAAAUGGAAAGGAACAAUCGCAAGAUGAUUCAGAAAGAACAGAGGAACGCGAAGCCCUAAUAGAAGAAGAAAGGAACACAUCUCCACCAACAGUAGCAAAUAAGUUGGUAACAAGUGAAGAAGGAGCAGGACCAGCAGCGGGAAAUGCAGGGCCAAGGGUUCAAGCAGUAAAACCACCGCAAUUACCAGCAUCACCACAAGCAUCAGAUGAAACUCAAUCCGGUGACAGUUCUGUUGGAGGUCCUAAGAAAGAUAAAGGUUCCAAUUUGAAUAAUUCUGCUUCUGACAGUGGCAAUCCAUCUCCUGUUGACAGUUUGUUUUCCGGUGGUGGAAGUAGUGGACUAGGCGGUGGCAGUCCUCAAGAUGACUCUUCGGAUUCUCCUCUUUCUGCGGCUGUCCUUUCUUUAUCUUCCCCCCUUGGUACACCAUCUGUUCAGGACACACAACCUUCAGAAAAGGUUCGGCAGUCGGAAACAAUUUCUUCUGAGACCGCGUUUCCCAACGAGCAGCCAAAGGAGAGAUCAGAAUCCGAAGCAAAAGAAGGCACUUUUACUUCACAAGAAGCAGCAGAAAGUCCAUAUGGUGAUGGGGAUGCAACUGAAAACGAGAAAGAGAAGAGAGACGUGGGACUGAAAUCCACUACAAGCCCAACCCCUACUACCAGCGACCCACCAGUAAAACAAACAACUCCACGAGCAUCUUCCGCAGAGCCAUCACCAACAACGGAAGUUCAAGCAGAAGAAGAAACCUUAAAAGAUAACGUCACCACCGCCAUGAGAAAUGACACGGCGAUACCUGGCGACAGUGACGGCAGCACUGCAGUCUCCCACACCACUUCCCCUCUUUUGCUUCUUCUUUUCCUUGUUGCGUGUGCGGCUGCGGCUGCGGUGGUGGCCGCGUGA